AUGCCUCUCACAGCAUCCGAUGAGGAUGCCGCAACGCUUUCCUCCCAAGAGCAAUGUACUUCCAUUUGGAAUCGUAUCAGCGCCCGUGUUGGCGGCGCGUUUAACGGCGCAGACCCCCGAGUCUGCGUCGCUUUUUGGCUCUUCGGCCUUAUCAACAAUGUCCUAUAUGUGAUCAUCCUCUCCGCAGCUGUAGAUCUAGUCGGACCAGAUGUACCCAAAGGCCUCGUUCUCCUCGCCGACGUGGUCCCGUCAUUCGCAACCAAACUCGUCGCUCCGUAUUUCAUCCACCUUGUUCCAUAUUGGAUGCGUACCCUCGUCUUCGCCCUCUUGUCAUCCAUGGGCAUGCUGGUCGUCGCUAUGAGCCCGGGUUAUACAGUUGGUGGAACGAUAUCAUCCAAGAUCGCGGGAAUAGUCCUGGCUAGCUUAUCUUGUGGUGCUGGGGAGCUUAGCUUUGUGGGUCUCACGCACUUCUAUGGCCCGUUCAGUUUAGCUGCGUGGGGGAGUGGUACUGGCGCCGCUGGGCUGGUCGGGGCUGGUGCUUAUGCCCUCGCGACUUCUGCGAUGGGAUUCUCCGUUCGUGUCACGUUGUUAGUAUCGGCAUGCUUACCGGCCAUUAUGGUUUUAAGCUUUUUUGUCGUGCUACCCAAGUCACCCCUGAGGUCUGCCGAAUCUGGCGCUGAUAGAUAUCGUGUCGUUGAGGGCGGGGGUCAGGUGGAGGAAGAUGAAAUGGACGAUGGCGUUGGCGGGGAAGACGAGGGGCUCUUGGGGGAGUCGCGCAAUUCCUCCGCCCACAAGUCUGCCCGUGUCAAUGACGAUGCCCCCUGGCAGGACCAGAUGCGCAAUAAUCUACGUCGCGUCAAGGCACUGUUCAUUCCUUUCAUGGUCCCGAUGCUGCUGGUUUACAUCGCCGAGUACGUGAUCAACCAAGGUGUCGCUCCAACUCUGCUUUUUCCACUGCAUGAAUCGCCAUUUGAGCAUUUCCGCUCGUUCUAUCCCACCUAUAAUGCCAUUUACCAGAUUGGCGUCUUCAUAUCCCGCUCCUCGACCCCGUUCUUCCGCAUCCACAAUCUGUACCUGCCGUCGCUCCUGCAGGUGGUCAACCUUGUGUUGCUGAGCCUCCACGCUAUUUUUAAUUUUAUCCCCACUGUAUGGCUUGUGUUCAUCAUUAUUUUCUGGGAGGGCCUCCUCGGUGGAGUGGUAUAUGUCAAUACCUUUGCAGAGAUUGCCGAUCGUGUUCCUAAGGAGGACCGUGAAUUCUCCUUGGGGGCUACCACUGUCAGUGACUCGGCUGGUAUCUGCAUUGCUGGCUUCAUCAGUAUGGGGUGGGAAGUCUGGUUAUGUAGUUGGCAGGUUGGACAUGGGCGUGAUUAUUGCCGACAAAUGACAUAG